UAUUGGCUUUGCUCUCUCUCUCCUAUCCUAGCCAGGACAGGCAAAGCCAGAGUUUUCUAUAUAAACAAAUAUCAACUUCCCAAUACUUCUCUCUAGUUGCCAACUUCCAUCUGAAUCUGGCAUAUAUUUCUCUCACUCAUACUCUUAGCAUUCUUCCUGAUAUCAAGCACUCUUAACACACAUCAUGGCCUCUGAUAUGGAAGGUGUCAAAUAUGAAGAGGAGUUCAUCUUAAAUUCUCGAGGCUUGAAGCUUUUCACAUGCAGAUGGCUCCCAAAAAACACCACACCCAAAGCCUUAAUCUUCAUCUGUCAUGGAUACGCCAUGGAAUGCAGCAUCACCAUGAACAGUACUGCAAUCAGGCUUGCCAGAGCAGGCUUUGCCUUAUAUGGGAUUGACUAUGAAGGCCAUGGAAAAUCAGCAGGCCUUGAAGGCUAUGUCAAAAGCUUUGAUGAUGUAGUGGAUGACUGUACCAAUCACUUCACAAACAUAUGUGAAAGCAGAGAGAACAAAGGAAAAAUGAGGUAUCUGUUGGGAGAGUCAAUGGGAGGAGCCGUGGCUCUGCUGGUGCACAGAAAAAAGCCAAAGUUUUGGGAUGGUGCAGUUUUGGUUGCACCUAUGUGUAAGAUUGCAGAUGAAUUGAGGCCAUCUCCUUUCGUCAUCAGUGCUUUGACAAAGCUCUGCAAGUUCAUUCCAACCUGGAAAAUAAUCCCAACAAAUGAUAUCAUCGACGUUGCUUUCAAAGUACCCGAGAUAAGAGAACAGAUUAGAGAAAACCCCUACUGUUACAAAGGCCGGCCUCGGCUUCAAACCGGCUACGAGCUUUUGAGGGUGAGCUCGGAUCUUGAGCAGAGGCUUGAAGAGGUCACCUUGCCAUUCCUAGUUUUACAUGGGGAAGACGAUAAGGUGACAGAUAAAUCAGUCAGCAAACAGCUUCAUGACGUGGCUUCUAGCCAGGACAAGACAUUGAAGAUGUACCCAAAUAUGUGGCAUGGUCUGCUCUACGGAGAAACACCAGACAACAUUGAGAUUGUGUUUUCAGACAUAAUCAGCUGGUUAGAGAACAGAAGUGCUUUUGGCAAUUCAAGGUUGGAGGGAGAGUUGAAACGUGGAAAUGACGAUUUGUCCAAGUAGAAGAAGAAGAAACAUGGAUAUUAGUAUUGUUUCUUUCUUGUAAAAUUUAAACACCCUUUCACUUGUAAAAUUCAUUGGACGAAAUAACAACAGUUGCCAAUAAAAGUAACUUCGCAUUGAUGCUUCACA